GACGUCACCUGUGCGUACCCAUCCCGUCCUACCAUCCCGGUCCUCUCCAACGUCUUCAUCUUCCUCCCUGCGACCGAAAACACGUUCAUCGUUGGCUCGCCCGGGUCCGGCAAAUCCACCAUCGCUCAGCUCCUUUUGGUGGCGUCCAACCCUCAGAUCGGACACAUCACCAUCGACGGGCAAGAUGUCCGGUUUUUGGACGACGGGUGGAUGAAAGUCUACGGUGCAGGGGUGAGCCAGUUUGGUCGACGGGAACACUCUGUGGCGAAGGAAGAGGUGGAAGAUGCAUGUAAUGCAGCUCUGAUGUACGAGUUCGUGCGUGAUCUGUUGAAUGGGUAUGAUACCCUGCUUGGUGGGGGCGCUGGUGGUGGGCAGAAGCAGAGGCUGGCUAUUGCCAGAGCUCGGCUAAGGAAUCCCUGA